UGAAGACUGCGUCAUAAGGAAAAGAUGAUAAUGAUCUGGGUUUGACAAGCUUUUCUUCUAAUGCUGGAAUACAGCUAGCUGAGAUUACAAAUUGAGCCUGUAUUUCAUGAUUUUGGUGUUAACUUAUACUGUAAUGAGAAAGUGAAAGAUGUAUCCUGACAAAUUUCUAGAUGUAUACUGUUUUAUCUAGAACUUCUGUCUCAAAAAUAUAGAGCCACAGAUGCCAUAUGUGAGUAGUGAAAUGAAAUACUACUAUUUUCUUUUUGCAGUUUGCAAGGGAGAUAUUUCAGAUCUUCUAGACUACAAGUCAGUAAACUUUGCUUACGCAGCUGGCUCCAUUCAUUCUCUCAAGCCAAUCACUUCCCCUGUGGUGGCUGAUAAGAGUUUAACAGCUUGAGAAGGUGGAGUGUCAGCAUCCUUAGUACUAAACACGUUCCCAGGCAUAUUAGUAGCCUCUGUCCAACACUCAUGCUGGAAGCUAUUUGGAAAAGGAGAAACAGAAAUCGGGGAAGGGAAACCAUGCAUCACCAUCCUGGCUGGAACGUACAGGAGACUUCAUGCUGUUUUCAUCAUGUGGAUUCACUAGAGAAAUGACCACCUUUGAUCAGCCAAGCAAAACCAAAAACUUCUUUAUUUGCUGCCUGUGCCCCCCGCGGGUGCUGAGGCUCUGGACUUGCAGGCGCCCAAGGACAAGGAGGAAUCUGCUCGUGGGCACCGCCUGCGUGAUCUACCUGGGAUUCCUCGUCAGUCAAGUGGGUCAUGUUUCACCCCAGCACAAAGGAGGACACCAAAAGAUCAGUUCCAGAAGUCUCCAAGAUGUAGCCCAAACUCCUUUUUUGGGCAUCCCACUGGAUGGCACCCUGUCACCACCCAACUUCCAGGAACCCCAGCUUGGUAACAAUGGGACCUUGCUGCCACCCAACGUGGUUUAUAUCACCCUGCGGUCCAAGCGCAGCAAGCCUGCCAAUAUCAGAGGCACGGUGAAGCCAAAGCGCAGGAAGAAACAUGCAACUCCUUUGUCCUAUGGGCAGCACUUUCCAAAAGUCACUUUUAUGGGCCGGGAAGAGGCCUUUGCCCAACAGCCAGGGAGGGCCACGCAUGCCACGGGCGCAAUGGGAGCAGUUCUGGAGGUGAGAAAGCACCAGCUGGAUGAACACAGGCAUAAAGAAAUGGCAAUCAGGGAGAGGGGUCACCCGAGACCAGGGGGGAUUUCUGGAGCUAUAAAGGCACAGCCCCAGCCUGAGGAAAGCAAUAUCAGGAUUUACAGCGAGAGCUCUCCCUCUUGGCUGAGCAAAGAAGACAUCCUGAACAUGCGCAUGCUGGCAGAUUCUCGGAUAGAGAGCAUCCAAGAAGUACCUUCUCGUAAAGCAGUCCUGGUAGUGUUUGCGAGAGGUCCCAGCACCACAGGAACUGCUUGUGAUCGGGGACACUGUGGCAUCGUCAAAAGACCCCUCGACAUGAGCGAGGUGUUUGCCUUUCAUUUGGACAGGAUCUUGGGGCUAAACAGGAGCUUACCUUCUGUAAGCAGGAGAUCGGAGUUCUUCCAAGAUGGUCAGCCCUGUCCUGUUAUUCUCUGGGAUUCCUCACUGAGUCCAACAGAUAACAGUACCCAUUCCUCAGUGAAAUUAACCUGGGGACAAUAUCAGCAGCUACUGAAGCAGAAAUGCUGGCAAAAUGGUAAAGUCCCCAAAGCUGAGUGGGGCUGUACCGAAAUCCAUCAUCAUGAGUGGUCCAAGAUGGCACUCUUUGAUUUUCUUCUGCAGAUCUAUAAUCGACUGGACAGAAACUGCUGUGGAUUCCAACCUCUCAAGGAAGAUUCCUGUGUGCAGCAAGGGUUGAAGCUGAAAUGCAGUGAUCAGGAUGCCGUUGACCUGACACACAUAGUUCAGAGAAGGCACGACCGAAGGCACUUGGCCUUUAUAGACAAUAAGGGCUUCUUUGACAGAAACGAGGACAAUCUUGACUUCAAAAUACUACAAGGAAUCAAUGAAUUCCCUGAAUCUGCAGUUUCAGUGCUGAGGAGCCAGCGUUUACGUGAGAAGUUGCUUCAGUCUUUGUUCCUUGACAAAAUAUACUGGGAGAGCCAAGGAGGCAGAAAAGGAAUUGAAAAGCUUAUUGAUGUAAUAGAAAGGAGGUCCAAAAUUCUUCUAACUUACAUAAAUGCACAUGGAGCCAAAGUAUUGCCCAUGAAUGAAUGAAGCAGUCUUGUUUCUAUCUAAGAGAUAGUCUUUAAAAAAUUUGCAUGAGGAAAAACCUGAGAGUAAAAUUGAUUUAAUUCAUAGGCUUAUUUAAUUGUGUUUUUUUGCAAACUUUCAGGUUUAUUUUUAAGUAAGAAAUUUUACAUGGUUUAAAAGCAUCAUUCAAAUAUCAACACAGUGCAGUCUUUUCUAUGUCACCAAUGAAACAAAAAUCAAAAUAACCAAAUGGUACAAUAAAUAAUGUAGUAAUAUGUAGGUACCAUGAACACUCCUUCUGUUAAACUCAAAAUUAGCAAGAGGAUUUUCAGUACAUUAGGCUGGAUUACUCCCUUUCUUCCCUCAUUCAAGCCAGUAAAAGUUUACUGCAAAUUUGAAUGGGAACAGAGAGUCAUCGCAUCUACCUGUUGAAACUUAUCUAGUACAGGAAUUUGUCUUUUUGACUACGAAUACUGAAAUGCGAACGUUUCCAAAGGCUUAUUUUGUUUUGAUCUAUUGAAAUCUGAGUUCUAAAUUCAGUUCCUUUAAUUGCAGGGGUAUUUGUACUGGACAUGAAGGGAAUUUAAAAACAGACUGAGAAGAACAUGUCUUUAUCAAUAUUAAUUAACUUGACAAAUACAGUUUUUACCUGUCCAGUAUGGAGUACAAUUCAUCAUGCGUCACUUGUUACAAUGUACUAUUUUCAGUACAGGUUCUUUUGAUGUGUGGGUGGAUGAUCUUUAGGGUCCCUUCCAACUCUAGCCAUUCUAUGAUUCUAUGUUCUAAUAUUUUCUGUCUAUUAAUUAACUGAGUGUUACUCACAGAAUUGUCCUUUGUUACCACUAUUUUUAAAAAAGAAAUUCAGAUUUAGCUUGGUGUGAAUAUGCUGCUAAAUAAGUGUACAUGUUUUAUCUUUGCAACAUUGUAGCCACAUUUUUUUUUAGAAUAUUAUCAAAAACCAGACCUACUAAGGAUGUGAGUGUUGUUAAACUCAGCACAGGAAAUAUUUGUGCUGUGUGCUCAGCUCUAGCCAGCAAUUCAGGCUUCGGUUUUCCAUUAAGACUGAAUGACUGUGAGGGGAUGAUUCCAGCUCACGCCUUACCCCAAGUAUUCCCGUAGGAAAGGUUGUUAGAGAAGGCUGGAUAAGCACUUUAGAUUCUUAGCCUUCAUCUGUUCCAGCACUAAAAUAUCAACUGAUAUAGUCUAUCAUGACACAUACCUUCUACCAAUCUGUUUAGGAAGUCUGUUACAAUCUUUCUAGAGAAAGGGCUAUCAUCUUCUCGCCAUGAGAUAAUGGUAGAAGUUGAGUAUUUUCAUAGCUACCCCUCUUUGUGUAUAGUAAAAAAUACAGGGUGUUUUAAAUAUUUUUGAACGUGCUUGUGAAAUGGUAUCAUUUGUUAUUAUGAAAAACUAAAAUGUUUUAUGUCAAUGUGAAUGUGGGUUGGUGAAUUUAAUGUUUUAAAUAAUCAUAAUUCCACUGCGUCUAAA